GAGCUGCGGACCGUCUCUAUUUGGAACAACAGGCAUUGACCUGAGAGCCAAAUAUUCCUGGACACGUCGUCAUUUCCCUUUUUGGUCCAAGGUAUACUCGAAGAUCCUCCGUGACGCCCAUUACCUCCUUCCUUCCUUCCUACCACGAUGUCCUCGACGUACGACGAGGACAAGAGCCUUCUGGAAAAGCUCGACGAAGUGGUUCCGGCACCUCUGGCACAGUUCGAUGCAUUUCCCAAGCUUCCGUCGUCCUUCAAGUCGCGCUCAGAGUCGAGAGGAUUCAUCACUCUCUUCGUCGGAUUCCUUGCACUUCUCCUCAUGCUCAAUGAUAUCGGAGAGUUUAUCUGGGGUUGGCCAGACCAGGAGUUCUCCGUCGAUAAGGACCCGUCGAGUUUCAUGAACAUCAACGUGGAUAUGGUCGUAAAUAUGCCGUGUCGAUAUAUUAGCGUCGACUUGCGCGAUGCUAUUGGUGAUAGACUGUUACUGAGUGGACAUGGACUACGAAGGGAUGGGACCAAGUUUGAUGUCGGGCAGGCUACGAAGCUCAAAGAGCAUUCCGAAGCCUUGUCAGUACACCAAGCCAUCGCACAGUCGAGAAAUUCUCGUGGCUUCUUCGAUACCAUCUUUCGCAGAACACCGACGAAUCUUUUCAAGCCUACGUACAAUUACGAGGCUCAUGGUUCAGCGUGUAGAGUGUGGGGGACUUUGGAGGUAAAGCGGGUGACCGCUAAUUUACACAUAACGACACUGGGACAUGGAUACGCUAGUCAUGAGCAUGUAGAUCAUAAGCUUAUGAAUCUUUCUCAUGUCAUCAGUGAAUUUUCCUUUGGCCCGCAUUUCCCCGAUAUGACCCAACCUUUGGAUUACUCUUUUGAAGUCACCCAUGACCCCUUUGUCGCGUACCAAUACUUCCUUCAUGUCGUGCCGACGACUUACAUCGCACCUCGUGCAAAGCCUCUUCAUACACAUCAGUACAGUGUGACCCAUUACACACGAGUUCUGGAACAUAAUCGCGGAACACCUGGGAUCUUCUUCAAGUUUGACCUCGACCCAAUGAGCUUAACAAUACACCAGCGAACAACGACGUUCACCCAGCUUAUCAUACGGUGUGUCGGUGUCGUUGGUGGUGUUUUUGUAUGCAUGGGCUACGCCAUUCGUGUCACCACGAAAGCCGUCGAAGUCGUAGCUGGUGCUGAUGACCCAGGACUUGUCGCAGCGGAGGCUUCUGGCGCCAAAAUUGGCAAGGGGCUACGUUCCAAAUGGGGUGGUGGAGAAAUUCGCUCAAGGAGCAAAAUCGUCCGCCAAGGGUCCGGUUGGGCAAUGGAAGGUAGUCCUGGCACUCCCAGCUAUUCGACCUUCGUCGGUACACCACCGAUUUCCGCGACUAACUCGCCGUACCUGGCUUCGCCUGGAUUUGGGUCGAAUCCGGGCACACCAAGUUUCUCUACGCCAUCUUUUGGACCCAGUUCACCUAGGCCGUAUGCUGUGCCACCACCUCCCAGUAGGGGGAUGCGUACGCCUAGUCUGGGGACGGAGAGUGGGGCCGUAGGGAGCCCAUCAAUUAACCCGACAUCCUUUUCACCUCCAUUACCUGGAGCGCCGACUUAUUCUAUGUUCCCACCAACGCCUAAUCCAGAAGCAGGUGGAUUCCCUACGAGUGCGCCUCCGAGAAAGGUAAGUAAUGGGCCAAAGAAGGAUGAUUGAGGAUUUUCAGUCUCGUAGAACUGUACUUACUACAGAAAGAUAAUGUGAUCGAGAGCUGGUAUGGCAGACCAAAUUCGCCGUCCGGAAAAUGCCGGUUGAGUGAUCGACCGGCCAACUGUUGAAGUUCUUGAUUGUUGAACUUGCUUUCAGCUUCCUUUAUUUCUUGCUAUAACGUCUGGUUUCGUUUCUUUGUAGCUUUGUAGAACCCAGCUUGGCCG